ACGGAACGCGGACAGACGAGCAUAUUCGACUGAAACUGUCCUCUGGCAGAAAGACAAAUCCGCCUUAUCAUACUGUGCAACUUUUGUCUAUUUCUAUUCCCCUUCUAGCAACUCUUGUUUUCCGUAGUCAAGGUGAACACGUGGAUGAGAGUACUGAGAGCCUGCAGCCUGGAGAGAGAUGGAAACUGACUCACUGCCACUCCUUCCCCCGUCCCUUGAUUCUCCCCUCACUCUCUGCCAGGCUGUCUCCUCACUGCCAUUCACACACCAGCCAUCCCCUCCUCUCGCUACCUCGUUCCCCCUCUCCCCCCUGUCACCAUCUCACUCGGUCCCCCCCUCCCCCAGCGCCUUCCCCUUUUCAGCCCCAGAUUCUGCCUCUCAGUCAAACCCUCUCUCCCCUCCUCACCCCCCCAGGUCACCUGCCCCCCUCUCUCAGGUGUACGACUCUCACUGCCUCAGCCUUAUUGCCCCCUCAGACCAAGAUGACCUGACCUGCCUCAGCUGGUUACACCAAAGGGGCGACUUGCUCCCACUGCAGCCUCUGCCCAAAACGGCACCGUUGCCCCAGCUCAUGCAGCAGGAGUCCUUGCCUGCCCAGCAUCUUCCUCCCUCUCCCUCCAAGCCCCCCUACUCCUUCAGCAGCCUAAUCUUCAUGGCCAUCGAGGAUUCCAUGGACAAGAGGCUGCCCGUGAAGGGAAUCUACGAGUGGAUAGUCAAGAGCUUCCCCUACUACAGAGCGGCCCCUGGUGGCUGGAGGAACUCGGUGCGACACAACCUGUCCCUGAAUAAGAGCUUCCGCCGAAUACACAGGGAAAAGGGUCAGUCUGUGGGCAAGGGAUCACUGUGGUAUGUGUGCCCAGAGUACAGACCUGCUCUUUUGGAGGUGCUGAGAAAAAGCCACUAUUGCCACAAGACUAACAACAACUUGUACAACAAACCUUUGUUGCUGGAGGGAGGAGAUCUGGGAGCAGCCAUGGCGUGUGAUACUAUGGAAAUCUCAGACUCCCUUUCCCAAACCCUCCUCCUCUCCUCACCCUCCCCCCCAAUCCCAACCUUGGCUUGCGAGCACCCCAACCUGUCUUCUGACCCCCCGUGCCCCCUGACCCCUGACCACGAGGAGCUGGUUGCCAUGGAGGCGGUAGAGCUCCAGGAAGAGAUAGCCGAGGAGGUGGAGAAGGACCCGUUAGCCGACAGCGGCUACAUCGAGUUCCACUGCUACCAGUACCACCAGUACCAGUACCUGGUUCUGCCGGGCGAGACGGAGCUGGACCUGGAGACUGUGGAGAUCCUUCAGCUGGAUGCGGAGGCUCAGGAAGCAGCCGGGUCUCUGUUGGACCUGGCAGGGGGUGGGCAUUAACCUCCCCGGCAGGGACUGUGAGAGUUACAGCAGACUGACAUACGCGAAGAAAGACUGACAACAUGUCACCAGACUGAUACCAAAACUGCCUGAAACAGUCAGAUUUCACAUGCUGACAGAGUGAUAUAGUGAAAGUACUUAACACCACACAGCCAGACGCACUUUUUAAACAUGAGACCACACAAGCACUGACAAAUCAUGCGCGCCGAACAGCUGUUUUUGAGAAAUCACAUUUUUCUAGUGCAAAUAUGAGAAACGCAAAUAUGAAACAGAAAACUGACUUUGCAAAGUAAUGAGACUUAUGCGCAAGUGAACAUUGUUUCAUGUGACAGUGACUGUAUUAAGUAAAUGAUUGAGAAAUCAACUGCCAGUAAAAUCUACACUGUGAUUCAGGGGACAGAAACUUUUAAAGUUUAAUGUUCAAAUCCUUAGUGUGUGAUUAACAUAAAUGUGAAAUAUUUUAAUUUUGUAGUAGUUCAUUCUUUCAAAAUAAGUAAGUUGAUUUUUUUCUUUUUUUCUAGAUUUCUGUUAUUGCUCACAAUAUAUCUGCCAGAAAUGAUUUUGUAUGUUGGCUAUCUUGAUGGAAAAAGAAAAGUUUUAAUCUUUUUUUCUGCUUUCUUUCCCCGUAGACAAUAAAGAGUCCUUGUUAUUCUUGCAA